ACCUAGAGUUUUUAUGUGAUUAAUAAAGUAACGUAUUUAUUUCAGAAAAUGUCAGUUUUAAAUUUUCGUACACGCACUUAAAAUUUAAAAAUGGAAAUUUAAAAGGGAUGUGCUCGAAUUAUUUUUCGCAAUGGCAACUUAUUUUCCAAGCCUCAUCUCUAGCUUUUUGGGGGUUGUUUUACAACAAUCUUCAAAAAACGAAAUGUGAAAAUUCGAUACAUCGCUUUCAUUAUAUUUCUGUACUAUUUAAUUUGAUUACUAUUGUAUUUUUGAUCCUGACCCCAUCUUUAAAGAAGACAUUUAACCAGAAUGACACACCAGGAUGUGGUCUCCUUAGUACUUUGUACAUGGACAUUGCAUGGGGGUAUGUUGCCUUAUUGGUCAUUUCGGCGACUCUUCGUGGGAACCUGCUGACUUCGAUAUACUUUUUCCAUUAUUCCUUUUUACUCUCACUUCUAAGUUGGUAUUUGCUCUUCAAAAUUAAGAAUUGUGAAGUUUUGGUGAGAGGGGUUGGUUACUUAGAGCUGACUAAUCUGAGUGUGAGGUCACUUUGGUAUUUGGACGAAUUGGGAAAGGAUGAGUCCUUCUACUCUAAGCUGCUGGCAGUGGUUGUGUAUGGCAUAAUGACUGUGCUUCGUGUUGUCCUUCUUUCUUACUUUGCAAUAAGCAUUUAUAGAAGUGGCGCUUAUUCUUUUGGGAGCAAUGCGCUUGCCAGCUACUUUUUUGUAAUCAGCAUAUUACUAUCAAGCAACCUUGUUAUGCUAACUGAAAACCUCGUAGGUUCCUAUAUGAAAUAUAGAAGGUCACUGGAAUCGGAAUAAGUUAAAAUAAUAAAAAGUGUAAAAAAAAUAAAAAAAUAAAAUUAU